CAAAGAGAGAAGUAACAUUUUGAAGUAUUUAUCUGGUCAUCUCCAACACAACACUUACCUUGAACUCUCAGAAUCAACCAUGUCCAACAAAUUGUUUUUCUCCCAGAAUCUUGUUUUAGGUGUCAUAACAACUAAAUCAACAACCUUAAAAUUCAACAACCACUUCUCAUUCCCAUUCUCACUCAAAUGCAGCAGCAUCACAACAUCUCAAUCAGAAUCAAUCACACAACCUUUUGCUGUAUCUUAUCUUAUCAACAAUUUUGAUUUCUCAACUGAAUCAGCUCUCAAAGCUUUCAACCUCAGGCAAGUUCGUUUCAAUACCCCAGAUAAUCCUGACUCAGUCAUCAACUUCUUUCAAAACCAUGGUUUUUCACACUCUGACAUACGCAUCAUCAUCAAAAAAGCACCAUGGUUACUUUCAUCACAACCCCACAAAAGGUUUUUGAAAACCAACAAGGAUACUAUUGUUUACUUAAUUCUAAAUUCAAGGUCGUUUAUAACUCCCCUUCACCUUCUAGAGGCUAAUAUCAAUUUGAUGGUUGAUUUUGGAGUUUGUGAUUCUGCCAUUGCUAGAUUGCUUCGAACUAGGAAAUCUAUAUAUUGUUCAAAUGAUUUGAUUAAGUCAUUGGAGGACGUUAAGGGUUUAGGGUUUGACCCUUCAACGGCCGCUUUUGGGACUGCUUUGGUGACCAAGCAUUGUAUGAGUAACAUACUUUGGGAUAAGAAAGUUGACGUCUUUAAGAAAUGGGGUUGGUCUGAUGAAGAUGUUAUUCGAGUAUUUAGGUGUCAGCCUAGUUUGAUGUUGGCUUCAAUUGAUAAGAUUAAUUUGGUGAUGAGUUUUUGGGUUAAUCAAAUGGGUUGGGAUCCCUUGGAACUUACUAAAUCUCCACUUAUGUUUGGUUAUAGUUUACCAAAACGGAUCAUUCCAAGAGCCUCAGUUUUGCAAUUUAUUUUGAUGAAAGGUUUGCGGAAAAAAAAUGCGAGCUUAGGUAGACCAUUUUCUUAUUCUGAGAAUAUGUUCUUGAACAAGUGUGUUUUCAGCUUUAAGGAGGAGUCUGAUUAUCUGUUGAAGCUAUAUGACGAAAAAAUGAAACUUGCAAAUACAACGGAGAACAAUGGGAUGCCAUCCACCAAAUGUAGUCUAUACUUCAAUCCAUGGACCAUAGUCAUCGAAGAGGGAGAGGAUAUGGAAUCCGGCAGCAAGGGGAAAAAUUUCUUGGGCAAAACAAGAUAAGUUAUAUAAUGAAAAUACGACUAAUUUAUGUUAUCACAGGUUUUUUUUUUUUCAAUGUUGUUUUCAGCCCAUCACCAAUUUUUUAUUAAAAUUUCUAUAAAUUUUUCUUGUAUGAAUUAUUUAGAUUUUUAUUGGGUAGUGUAUGAAAGACGUAGUUUUUGAUAGAACACUCUGGUUUCGUUUGAUUCAUGUAGCCGACGCAACUUAGUGGGAUAAGGCUUGGUUGCUGUUGUUGUUGUUUUGAUGUUUGAAACAAUGGUGCAGCAAUACAUGCAGAAACUUACAGACCAAUGUUGCGCCUCAUUAGACAUCUAAAAAACAAAACCAACAAUACGAUGAAGGAGGAUCAUGAGAACAGGGUUGAUGAACUACAAUAUAUUUUAUCAACAAUGGAUCACGUUUCCUUUAGCUUGCCAUAGCAUUUUCACUAAUUUCCUUCGCUUUACAUUCUGUUAGAACGGAUUUGUCAUUUUCCCUUGCUGCAAUUUGAUUCCAUUUUUGUGUUAUUCAUAUCAUGCGGAUCUGUUGACAUCUGGCUGUGAUCAUUGUAAUUGAUUGAAGACUAUUUAGCUAACUUUGAUUGAACGAAAAAGGCAAGCAAGAAUUAAGUCACAUUUUCCCUCUGUCAAA